AUGACAGACUGGUACUGGGGUCACGGCACCCUGGGCCCCCACCCGAUUGUCUGGUUCAGUUAUCUCGAGCUCAACGACACCACGAACACAACCUACGUGAGCAGCUAUGUGGCCCGAGAUGGCGAGACCUUGGUGUCUAGCUGCAAUGCCUCUGCUCUGAGUGUCCGUUCCAUCGGCAGAGCAAACACCACCGGCGCCCGAUAUCCGCCGUAUGCUGGCAACAUCCCUGAUGGAUUCCAAUUGGAUUUCGAUCUGUACGAGAAACGAUCGCCACCGAAGUACUAUAUGCGCUGGUCCGGGAAUCUGACGGGUGAGGUGGUGGAAGGGGAAGACACACCGUCCAACCUUCCUUGUGCGACCAAGCAGCUGGGUGCGGAUCGUCUCGUUCAGGAUUCGAAUCUCAGGGGAGUGACCAUUUUCGAGCAAUUUGUGAUUCUUGAAUAG